UGAAGGGGGUGAACAAGAAAACAGAGCAGCUGGAGUGUGUAGUUGCAUUAAAGCUGGCUGAUCAAUGUGUCUUGCAUUUUCAGAUAUAUGCACUGCAACCCAACAAAUUUUAAGGAAAAUCAUGCAUAAGAACUCCAUCAUGCAUUUGUUGUGGAUCUGGCUGGUGCUGUGUGUGGGUUCAUCUCUGUGUGUAAAUGAAGUUGAGUAUGUCGUGAACUAUGAAGACAGCUAUGACAACGAGAUCUCCCAGGACCAGCCGGAGGGGGAAUCUCCAACCACACCAUGCCAUUCAGAUUUAUCCCGCUGGGAUAAACUUUUUAUUGCUCUGGAGGACUCCCACAUGAGGCAAAAUAUGCUGCUGGAAUCUGUGGAGCAGUGCUGUGGCGGAAUGGUGUCUCUUAAGACCCAGGUGGAGAAGCUGACAAAGGGGAUGUGUCAGCAGUGUGCACCCAGCUUGGAGUCGACAUGCAGGGUACAAGCAGAGCAGGCAAGUCUUAGGCUGCAAAAGGGCUUGGUGGAUCUCAGAGAUGAGGAGGAAGAGAGGGAAAGAAGAUUAAACAUAACCUUACAGAUGCUCCUGCGUAGUAGACAAGAGGAUGAUGCUUGGCUGAAGAGGCUUGAAGAAAUCAUCUCAUCUGGACCCGCUGACAGCAGGAUGAGACACCAACCAACACCAAGACCUGAAGGUUUGGGAAUGAAGCUCUUCACAUCCGGCCUGAAGGAGCAGGAAGUGACCUCACCAGUGGACGAGGCCUCGGUGGAAAGUGUUCUGGUUGCCAUAGCAACAGAGCUGCAGAGGAUUCAUAGGCAGCUGAACAAAGUGAUAGAGCAGGUCGGCACAUUGGGAAAGGGCAGAGGAGACACAUAAAUUGCCCAAAGGAAAAGAAAUAAUAAAGAACUGACUGGAAAACUCUAGUUGCAGAUGAUGAUUUUGCACAUAUUGUUUGUGUUUCUAAUGCUCUGCCUUUUUCUAAAGCCUCUUUUACAUGCAAGCUAGUUUGUGUCUGGUGUCA